AAAAUUGCUGCUGAACCAAAAGAAAGAAGACUCAAGAUAACACCAAGGUUUUUGGCCUAAGCAACAGGAAGAGUAGAGUCACCCUCCGUGGAGACUGGAAAUCUUACAGUGAAGCAAAUGUGGCAAAAGAAUCAGAAGUUCAAUUUUGGAUCUCAGUGUGAGAGUAGAGAUAUCUAUUGGACAUCUAAAUGGUAAAAUUGGUUAAGGAGUUGAAAUAGACAAGAAUGGAUUUUGGUAGAGGUCAGGUUUUAGGUAUAUAAAAUAUUUAAAGCCACAAAAAUGAUGAAGUCAUCAAGAUAAUAUAAAAAAUAUAAAUAAGGAAGUAUGGGAUGUACCACAGAACAUUUCAACAUCAAGACGUUCGGGAAAAGAGGGGGAACCAGCAAAGAAGACUAUGAGAGAGCAUUUGUGAAGUAGGAGAAACCAAGAAUAUGAUGCCCUGGAAGCCAUGAGGAGAAGCUCUUGAAGGAGUCACCAGCUUGUCAGAUACAUCAGUUCAAGCACUGUCUGUGACAUCUAUGACUUUUUUUAUCCUCGCACAAGCCCCUGAACCGUACAUUGUUAUCACAGGAUUUGAAGUCACUAUUAUUUUAUUUUUCAUUAUUUUAUAUAUACUCAGACUUGAUCGAUUAAUGAAAUGUCUGUUUUGGCCUUUGCUUGAUAUUAUCAACUCAAUCGUAACAACAUUAUUCUUGGUCAUUUUAUCUGUUUUGGCACUGCUACCAGAAACCACGACAUUUACGAUCCUUGGAGGGGUGUUCGCGCUCAUAACGGCAGUGUUCUGUAUUGCCGAUGGUGCCCUCAUUUACCGGAAGCUUCUGUUUAAUCCAAGCGGUCCUUAUCAGAAAAAGCCUGCUCACGACAAAGAAGAAGAAGAUUUGUAAUUGUUUUACUCUUUUUUAGUUAAUAACAAGAAUUAAACCUAUUUCCUUAUGUUUCCACAA